UGAGUCUACAUUAACAUUGGCAUUUCAAACUUUGUCAUACUUGUAUUUAAGAGAAUAAAAUUAGGUUAAAUCCAAUUUUACUUUUCUCCCGCCAACUGUGAAUCGUAGCCUGCCCACUCGCUCGCCGGCCCCUCGCGCUCCGCGUUUCAAGUUCGUUAUCCUUUCUUGCCUUCUCCUCCUCCUCCCGCCAUUGUCGUCUCUUUCACUCCAAUCCUUUCCCAAUUCUUCCCCAUUUUGAAUCUCUCCAAUUCAUUGAAGAAACACCAUACCAAAUAUGAAUGUUGGUUCUUCUAUAUCUUCAGUCACCGCCCUCCGCCUUCCUAUUUGCCUCCAUUGCUUCCGAACCUCCAAAACCCUCAUUUCUUUCCCUUCUCUAUCCUUCCUUAAUUCUGGAACUUCACAUAUCUUUUCGUCAAUGACUUCUUCUUCCAUUACGGCGUCGAUGUCUACUUCCUCGUCUCCGACCACAGAUCAGCUGCCUGUAGAUGACAAAAAGCCCGCGCCGCCGCCGAAGCCAUGGCUCAUUGUGGGCCUCGGGAAUCCCGGGAAGAAGUACGAUCGUACGCGCCAUAAUGUAGGUUUUGAGAUGGUGGACACUGUAGCUGAAGCUGAAGGGAUAUCCAUGAGUAGUGUUUCCUUCAAAGCUCUGAUCGGGAAAGGUUUCAUCGGGGAUGUUCCUGUAAUGCUAGCCAAGCCACAAACUUUCAUGAAUGCAAGUGGUGAGUCUGUUGGUGCUAUUGUUUCCUACUAUAAAAUUCCAUUGAAGCAAGUACUUGUGAUUUUCGACGACUUGGAUUUACCUUUUGCCAAAUUGCGGAUGCUGCCAAAGGGUGGCCAUGGAGGACAUAAUGGGAUGAGGAGUAUUAUUGAUCACUUGAAAGGCAGUCGUGAUUUCCCUCGAUUAAGGAUUGGCAUAGGGCGCCCUCCCGGGAAAAUGGAUGCUGCGAACUUUGUUCUUCGCCCCUUCAACAAACAAGAACGGGAAGAGAUGCGAUACGGAUUCUUUUGCUCGAGGGGUUCAACAAAAGUGCAACAUUUGUCAACACCAACAAACCUCUGGAACAAAUAGGUUGAAAACAUUCAAUAUUUAAACCUUUUUAUAGACACUCUAUAAGGACUCCAUAUUGUUUACUGUAUGUAUCAAACUGCUUUAUGCAUGGGGCGGCAUUCGCUACAGUUUCAACUACCAAAUUCCUUGGGGUGGAAGGCUUAUUGCAGCAACAAACAGUCAGUGUAGGAUUUUGAACCCCAUCAAUGGUAAUCGCAUUGUCUUUCUUGUUGAAUUCCCUCUCUCUCUGUCUCCUUCCUUUAGGAUUGAAAUCUCUUAAGACAUAAAGUUGUGAUCUUUGAAGGGACCAAUAAAGCUAAAAACCUCCCCCACCAUGCAGGCAAACCAACCGGUAAAAGUUGAGAAAGACAGGAAUUGAUAAAAGGGAGCUACCUCUACCUAACUUUUAUUGCUUUAAUUAUCUCAUCUUGGCAAUCGCCAAUGGAGGCUCUUUCUUUGCCCGUCUUGUCAUCUUCUUCCAUAUGCAUUUCCCCGGUUGGCUGGCCCAUGUUCUCUCUCUACUUUAACGAUUCAUCUCAUUCACAUUCUCUUCUUCAUGUUUGUCUGCCUAUGUUUUUCAGGUUUCUUCUAAAUACCUUCCCUUUGGAAUUCCCUCAUACGUAGUGAUUCCACGUAGGUGGGAUCCCACAAAAUUUUAAAUGUUGGUGAUGGGCUUAUUUGCCAAGUGAUUUUCUAGUAUUUAUUUCCCAAGUGAUUUUGUUACUUGUCACGUGGGUUUGAUAGUCCAAUGGUUGUAAUAAUUUAUUUAUUUUUU